AUGGGUGAUUUUAAUGACAUAAUUUCCAAUGAUGAAAAAUGGGGGGGCAGAACACGACCAAAUUGGACUUUCUCUGAUUUUAAAGACUUCAUUAACAAAAAUGAGCUCCUGGAUGUUGGUUUUGAGGGCCUCCCAUGGACUUGGAGUAACCUUUGGGUGGGGGAGGAUGAAAUUAAACAGAGAUUGGACAGAGUUCUUGCAAGUGUUGACUGGUGUGAGGUAUUCAAAGAUGCAAGAGUGACCCAUAUUGAGGUUGAAGCCUCUGAUCACAAUAUCAUCCUUUUAGAGACAGAGCCUAGAAUUAGGAAGCCAAAAAGAAGAUUUCAUUUUGAUCCCAGAUGGCUACAAUAUAGGGAAGUAGAAGGCCUAAUCCAAGAGGCGUGGGGUAAAAAUCAAGUGGGGUCCAGAGCUGUGAGAAUCAGUAGGAAGAUCAAGCAGUGUAGAAUGUCUCUCUCGGCUUGGAGCAGAACAUUGAAGCUAAAUAGCAGGAUGGAAAUUAAAAGGAUCAAAGAAGAAAUUCAAGCUGCGAGAACCAGAAAUGGAAGUGAUAAUAAAGAAACCAUAAGGAUGCUUAGGAAACAACUCUCUGAUUCCUAUAGGCAAGAUGAACUUUAUUGGAACCAGAGGGCAAGAAUCAAAUGGCUUCAAAAUGGGGACAAGAACACAGCUUAUUUUCAUGCUGUGGUGAAGGGCAGAAGGAAAAGGAACAAAAUUUCCAGACUGGAGAAGGAGCAGGGAGGAUGGUGUGCAACUGAGGAGGAAAUUGGGGAGGAAAUUGCUCAUUUUUACAGCCAGCUGUUCACAUCCUCGAAGCCAUCAGAUUUUGAUGAGAUAUUAAAUGGUAUUCCUAAGACUAUCAUGGAGCAGAUGAACCUGCAACUUACCAGACCUGUCACUGAGAAGGAAAUCAGGAUUGCUGUGUUUUCCAUGCACCCCAACAAAUCCCCUGACCCAGACGGACUUUCUAACCUCCUUAAUAAAGCUGUCAGUAAUAAACAAAUCUCAGGAGUCAAGAUUGCAAGACAAGGACCCAAAGUUUCCCAUCUAUUUUUUGCUGACGACUCACUUAUUUUUUGCAAAGCUAAUGGUGAUGAAGCAGGACGUAUAAAAGCAAUAUUGGAGUGUUAUGGGAAAGCAUCGGGGCAACAAGUCAACAUCAACAAGUCUGCGGUCUUCUUCAGCAAAAGUACAGGCAGUAGAGAGAAGGAGGAGGUACUACAAAGGCUAGGAGGAAUCCAACAGGUUACACAGGGGAAGUAUCUGGGCUUACCUUUAGUUGUUGGAAGGUCUAAAAACAGCGUGUUCAGGUUUAUUAAAGAGAAUUUGAUGACUAAAAUCCAAAACUGGAAAGGGAAACUUUUGAGUAAUGCUGGGAAAGAGGUUUUGCUAAAAUCAGUGGCUACUGCUCUCCCAUCAUAUGCCAUGUCUGUUUUCAGAUUAUCCAAAAGCUUGUGCAAAGAGCUAAGUGGGUUAAUGGCCAGAUUUUGGUGGGAAAAUGAUCAAGGGGAUAAAAGAAUGCAUUGGAAGAAGUGGACUGACUUAGCUGAGAGGAAAGUGAAUGGUGGACUUGGGUUUAGGGACUUACUAUGCUUCAAUGAAGCUUUGCUAGCCAAACAAGUUUGGUGA